UUUUUUUCUGGCAAAAGACGUUUUGAGGACAAAGCUCUCUGGCACAUAGAACUAGCGGAUGGAACGCUCGUGACAUCAAGAAAUAUCGUAAAUGCUGGAGGCAUGUGGGCAAAUGACAUUGCUAGAUUGACGGGCCAUGAACUUCCUAUGGUCAUCGUUGAAGCGCAAUUUGCUGACCUUGAACCUGAUGGGCCCAUCCCUGAUAUGCCUGCUGUAACGGAUCAUGCCAGCACAUUCUAUCUGCGCAAGAACGGGGAUAAAUACUUCUUUGGUGCUUUCGAUCCUUUUGAUAAAGUAGUGAUCAGAGAGGAAUGGAUGCGAAGAGGAGUUCCUCCUGAGGGUGCCCAAAAUAUCAAGCCCGACUUUUCUCGCAUAAGCGAGGCAUACGACAAAGCCUGCUUACUCAUACCUUCUAUCAAAAAUGCCAAAGUAACACCCAAAGCUGCUGCAAUUUGCAUGACUCCGGACGGGUAUCCAUUGGUUGGACCGUUCGCUAAAAAUUAUUGGGUUGCAGCUGGUUUUAUGGACGGUGUCACCAGUGGAGGCGGACUAGGAAAAUAUCUUGCUGAUUGGAUGGUUGACAGCCAGCCACCUAUGGAACUGUGUGACACUGACGCCAACAGAUAUGAUCGAUGGGCAACACGAGAGUGA